AUGGGCUACUCAAGAACGUUUCUGACAGUACCCGAAUUUUUUACAGCAGUAUCAAACCCGCCUUCCAAAGAACAGGAUUUGUUGGAUCAUCUUGAUAUUGCAGAUCAACCCUAUGUGCAUUGCAAUAAUGACGAUCUGACAGUUGCUUUAUUCACCAAAAGACUGAAAGGCUUUAAUCCAGGUUUUCUCAACGCAAUGGGGCUUUCUUACUUAACAUUUUGUGAGUACUUUAUAUUUGCUUCUGAAGUUGAGCUAAUAAUCGCGAUGUCAUUCUUUGAAAUGAGUGAUCCCAACCAGCUACUGUUUUCGACCAUCAAUUGGGGGCAUCAUGACACUCAAAAUUUCCUUACAAAUUCAGGCCUUUGGGACGCUCCAGAAUAG